GUCCCAGAGUGCUCCACUGACAUUUCUCAAGUAGCUUCUGUGUGCUGAAUGGAUCAAGUUGCAAGGUGUGUUUGCUACCUGACACUCCUUGUAGAUACAAGAGGAAGUUAUUUCAAAUACAGUAUUGGCUGAAAAUGCACAGCGAUUUUCUCAAAGAACAUUUUGUGUGGGUUGUGGAUGUGGUGUAACAAUGGCAGCUGUUAGAACACAUUCAUUUCGCACUGAAGGUUUGGCUCGGACCAUAUCUGAAGGGACAUUGAUUGAUUUGGAUGAUGAAGGACCCUUCAACAACAACAUUUUGAAAGGAAGUAAUGUUGAUGGGUCUCAGGCAGGAAAUAAUUUAGACUGGCUUAUUUUAAAGGCCGAUGAUAAGCCUGCCACUCAGAGCUCCAACCCAUUUUGGCAUGGACUCUCAGGCUCAAAUCCGUUCCUGGAUGAUAUUGUCCAUACAAAUGAAAAUGAGAAAGCAAAUGCACACGUGUCUAUAUUGAAAGAGGAUCCCUCUGCAAUAUUUGGUGAUGACAAAACAGAGUCAAUCGGCUCUUCAUCUGAUGAAAUGGAUGUCAAUUAUCUGCUGAAUUUUCAAACAGCCAACUCAAAGUCCGGAAGGUGCAAAAGCACUUCUGAUCUCUUGGAUAUCCGAAACGAAAAAGAACCCCCUAAACAAAGCAACAUUGCUGCAAGCCAGUUUUUGACUCCAGAUUUUGAGUGGCUUCAGAAUGACAAAGAAGCAUACAAAAUGGCGUGGCUGAGUCACAGGCAGCUCACUAGAUCAUGCCUUGAUUUGGGAGUGAUAAGUCAGAGCCCUGGUUGGGCUCAGACCCAGGCUGCAGAGACACAUGUAGUCUGUAAAGUUGGCUAUAAUGGAGGGUCUGUACAGUUACCUGACUCUGAUAUCAGCGCCCAUAUACCUCAAGGCCACGUUGCACCAGGAGAAAUUCAGGAACUUGCCUUAAAGGCUGUUCUUGACCCACCUCAAGGACUAAACAAUGAUUAUUCAACAACAGUGAGCCCGCUUUUGGAAGUCAGAGUUAGCAACCUCAGCACAAAGGAAUGCAUUUCAUUAGAGAUGAAAAUUGCUGCUGAGAUCAGGAAUGACCCAAUGAGCCAAGUCAUGACUGACAUUGUCUGUCUGUGUGGCCAGAAAAAAGAAGGACCCUAUGAAAAAAUGCAGAACUGUUACAUUUAUAAAGACACAUUGCAAGUGAAGUUGGAAACAUUAAGCCCAUGUAUGUAUAUUAUUGCAGCAGCAAAAGCAACAUGCCUUCAGCCUCCAGCUUCGUCGGUUUGGGAUUACAUCUCUAAACAAAUCACAAUUGGAGUUUAUGGUCCAAAGCACAUCCACCCAUCUUUUACAGCAGUAUGCGCAGUUUUCAGUCAUAAUCAAACACCGGAACAACUUGCUGUCUCAGACAUGAAAAAGGCUCACAAAAAUUUGCCACCAGUUGUGCUGCAGCUUUGGGGGAAGAAUCAGUUCCAUCUUCAAAAACUCCAAGAUCUGCAGAUUGAAGCUUUCCCGCUUGAUUCUAAAUUUGAAGUAAAAGCCACGGAGCAAAUUAAACAGAUAAAACUUGUGCAGUUAAAAAUGGGAAGAGUACUUCGUCCCCAGUUUCCGUUGUCUAUGGCUGGCACAGGAGAACAUGGCUCCUUUAACCUGGCAAUCCAAGUUAAAGAUUUAAACCAUGAAGUGUUGGCGCAGUUCAGUGUAAAAACCCCUGGUGCUGCACCAAAAUCUGCUGACAAAUACCACCAGAGACGAAAGGAGGUUGGACGAUCUGCUCCUAUACCUGAGACAACAGUUUUAAAAUGCCCCAAGUUUCAGGAUAGGGCAGUUAAGAUAUCGCGCUAUGGGGUUGCCUUGAAAUCUGUGCUUAGGCAGCCAAAGAUUGAAUACCUAUUGGAGUAUUUCAAAGGAGAUACAAUUGCACUUCUUGGAUUAGAAAAGGUGAAAGCAAUAGGAGUAGCCAAAGUGAAAGAGUGGUACAUUGGGUUUCUGCGAGGGAAGGUUGGCCUAGUGCAUUGUAAAAAUGUCAGGGUAAUUUCGACAGAUCAAGUCAUUGACUUUACUGAUGUGACACUCGGCACCAAAGUUCUCCUUGAUCAAAUCGUACUUCCAUUUAAGAAGCUGACGUAUAUGUACUCUACAAUUCAGUCGCUGUCUACUGAACAAAUCCCCAGUUGGAAGGCCUUUGCUGAAGCACUCGGGUACCCUUGUUUGUCGCUUGAUGACAUUGGCAGAACUCGGGCACAAAGUGAAGCAGACAAAGUGGCUUGCGUUCUAGAGAAGUUGAAAGAAGACUGUCAUUCAGAUAAAAGCAAUAGGAAAUUCCAGCAUGAGCUUUUAACUGCACUUUUGAAGAUAGAUUGUCAAGGACUUGUUGCGCGUCUUACUCAAAACACAGUCAUCCUGACAACUGCUGUAGAGCUUGGAAUCCGAUGGAGGGAGCUUGCUGAAAAAGCAGCAAGACUAACAAAAGCUCAGAUUGAUGGUUACGAAGCACCUCACCAGGGAAAGAAUGGAGAAGUUGGCACUGAGGCAAUGUGGAAACCUGCUUACGACUUUAUGUAUACAUGGAGCGCACAUUAUGGAGAUGGAUACAGGGAUAUGUUGCAGGAUCUUCACUUGGCAUUAGACAAAAUGAAAAGCCCCAUCACCAGGCAAUGGAGACAGCUCACAGGAGCGCUUAUUUUAGUGAACUGCAUGGACGUACUUAGGGCUAACGCUUUCCCCACAACCGAUGAUGAACAGCAACACACCCUUCCCUUAUUGUAGGGUGGUGUACAGCAGGCUGGGAUUAUUGUUACAAUUCAUAGCUUAUUCUUUUUUUUUGGUAAGGGAUUUGAGAGAAAGAAACUUCAAAUGGUUUUUGGGAGGGGAACAAAUAUGUAUUAAAAAAAGCAUUUUUAUUUUAUUUUUUUCUCUUUAUAUAGGUGUUAACUGCAAAUACACUGAUUUGAUCAAAUAUAUUAAAAUGCUAUUUUUAUUUUACUUUAACCUUUUACGAUGUUUGCAGAUCUUCAGAAUGGCUCUGAUGUAAUGUUAAUUUGAACUACUGUACAAAAACUUGGUCCUCCUUUUUUCCUGCUUUUCAUAAUAUUAUAGUGCAAGAAGUUGCUACUCUCAAUGUAGUUAGCUACUGCGUUCACCAAGUCUCCUCCCACUAGUACGUUACUGAAAAAAAAGUGUCUGUUAAUUAGUGUUCUAGGUUGUAGUGAAGCUGAUCACUUACAGUAAUAUAUACUGUAUGCUCUUGAUGUAUUUUUAAUCAUUUUAUUUUAGACAUGGCAUUUGGCUAAAGGAAAUGCAAACGGGCAGUCCAGCUCAAAAGAAUGUCAGAUUAAAAAGUGUGAUUAAUAGAUUAAUCGGUCGUAGAGCGGAAGAUUAAUCGAUCAAUAGAAAAUGCCAACAUUAAAAUAUACAGUAGAAGCCUGUUACUUCGAACCCCUUUGAUCCGAAUCGCCUUAUUAACCGCACUGCAAGCACGUCCCCGACAAAUUCUAAAUGGUUGACAAACGAAAAAGGGCAGUACUUACUCUAGCAAAAAAAUUAUUGAACGGUUGGAAAAGGCUUUUCAACUUGCUAAGGAGUAUGGUUGACUUUCCCACACCAUUACUGACACAAAAAUUGGAAAACAAAAGCUUGAGAAAUUGUCGAGUACCAUGGAAUCAAUCGCCACCACAGCACUGAGAGAACUAUGUGACUCUGUCAAGACAAUGCAAGAGAAAAAGCAUGCACAUGUGGUUCAUGCAAGAAAGGGAAAAGGGCUCUCCGAUUUCAGGACCAGCACUUCAAGAUAAAGCAUUGUUAUUCAAUAGUCAACUACAUCCAGAGGACAUGUUUUAAAGCUAGUGAUGGAUGGCUGUGCAGAUUUUCUAAAGACACGGCAUCGGGCAGCUUUGCUUAGCAGGGGAAAAACUCGGCGCAGAUACAACAGAGUUAGAACCGUUGAGUCAGAAAAUGCUUCAGUGUAACACUAAGGAAACAGGGUGUUUGGGGCUUGAGAAUAAUGCUAAUGUAUAAAUAAACUUUUAGAGUACAAUAUACUGUAUGUACAUGUAUUUCUGUUUUUUUGUAAACUUGCGUUCAUUCGAAUAUUCAUUCAUGCAAACUAUUUCUAUGUCCCCUAAGCUGUUUGGAUGACCAGGCUUCUACUGUAUUUCAUUUUAAUUGAUGUUUUUAAUAUAAACAUAUUAAAUCUAAUUAUAUUUACAUCACUAUCCCAUAGAACAGUCUGAUUAUACUAAAAAAAAAACUUAACUGCUACCUGUACCUUGGGAAGCACUCGUUAGUGUGAUGAAACUCAGUAUAAAUAUCUGUUGCACAAGUGCUUGAGGAUGUCAGAUUCUAGGUCACUGCUCUUUCAGUGGACCGUUGUACAGUACAGUACAGUAAUGUAUAUACGUGGUGGGGAAUAAGAAUGUUACCUUUUAAACAUACAUAUAUUAUUUUAUUUAUUUUCUUCACAAUGGUGGUGUUCCUCUAAUGAAUUGAGGCAAAAAAGUAAAAUGUAAUCUGUUAUUGACUCUUGUUUAAGGUUUUAAUCACAGUGAAGUUAGUUUCAUCAGUGUGAGCAGCUAAACAAUCAAGAUUUGUAAAACUAAAACAAUAAGGUUGUAUAAAAGUAUACGCUGUAUAUAAUGGUUUUAUCCGAUAGGUAAAGUUAAUAUUGUGUAUCUAUUUAAAAAAAAAAAAAAAUUUAAAUUAAACAAAAUCAGUAGAUGGGGAAAAAAAACCUCUAAUCUUUUAUAGAUGUAAAUUAUUUUGCAUAAUGUUAUUUUAAAAAGUAUGUGUGAAUGAAGUAUUUAUUUUAUUUUUAUUCUGCUUUGUUUUUUUGGUUUUUUUUACACUGUUCAAAAUGAAUAAAGUAAGUUUCGUUAAUGUCAAA